AAACGUCAAAUACGCCGACGACGUUUAUCGCCACGUAAUUUUGUGUGGUGUUUUCGAUUGGUUCUAACCGGGAGGAUAAUAAAUAUUUUGUUGUCCCGAUAAUCGCUAUUAAUUCGCUUUCAAACAGCAAAUCAAUCACACAAACAAUGGACUCGAUGGUUCGCUACAUCUCCCCGGUCAAUCCGGCUGUGUUCCCCCACCUGGCCAGCGUACUACUACUAAUUGGAACAUUUUUUACUGCGUGGUUCUUUGUGUUCGAAGUAUCACGCCCGAAAAAUGGAGGAAAGGAAAGUGUCAUCUUUAAAGAACUGCUGAUUUCGCUAUUUGCCUCUAUCUUCCUUGGAUUCGGUGUGCUGUUCUUGCUGUUAUCGGUAGGAAUUUAUGUGUGAAUCUCCUGCGAACCUGUCGGCACCCUUUGGUUACGCCGCAAAUUACAACACACCUCUAUCUCUGAAUGUUUCGGACGCGUGAGUGGUCCAGUGUGUGUCGUUUCCAAAAAAAAUAGGUGUACUCUGUCACGAAAUGAGCUGUAAACAGUUUUCUAAGUGCUGAAGGUGUGUAUCCAUUCCUCAAGAGCCUGCAGGAUUGUAUGAGAAUAUUAUUGAUAAGAUAAAAUUCGAAAACUAGAUUUUAAUGUAAUAUUCUGGCCGAUGUGAACA